AUGGAUGUUAAGGAGGAAAGCAUAGCUAAUAAAUCCUCUCUGACAGAAUUUCUUCUCCUGGAAUUCUCAGAGGUUCGGGAACAACAGAUUCUCCACUUCUUUGUGUUCCUUGUUUUUUAUCUGGCAACAGUUACAGGGAAUCUUCUCAUCAUCUCUGUAGUAGCCUUUGACCACCAUCUGCACACCCCCAUGUACUUGUUCCUCAUGAACUUAGUGAUACAGGACCUAGGCCAAGUUUCAGUCAUUUCCCCCAAAUCCAUGGCCAAUUCUAUAAUGAACACAAGGCACAUUUCCUAUUCUGGGUGUGUGACUCAAGUCCUCUUCUUUCUCUUCUUUGCAAUAUCAGACUUUUUUCUUCUCACAGUCAUGGCAUACGAUCGAUACAUUGCCAUUUGUAACCCAUUACAAUAUGAAAUGCUGAUGAAUAAGCAAGCUUGCAUCCAAAUGAUUGCUAGUGUAUGGAUCAGCAGCUUUUUCUAUGGAGUGUUACACACCGGAGGCACUUUUGCAUCACCCUUUUGCUCCAAUGUUGUCAAUCAGUUUUUCUGUGAAAUCCCACAGUUACUUAAGCUGACCUGCUCUGAUUUGUACCUAAUUGAAACGGGGGUUAUUGUGUUAAAUGCUGUCACUGGCAUAGGCUGUUUUAUCUUCAUCAUUAUAACCUACAUGCACAUCUUCACUGCAGUGCUAAGGAAACCCUCCACUGAAGGAAGGCAAAAGGCCUUCUCAAAAUGCCUUCCCCACCUCAUGGUUGUCUCCAUAUUUGUAUUCACUGGAUAUUUUGCCUUCCUCAGGUUGCCCUCUAAUAGUCCAUCACACCUAGAUUUGGCAAUUGCAGUGAUAUAUUCCAUGGUUCCACCCUUGAUGAAUCCAGUAAUCUACAGCAUGAGAAACAAGGAUAUUAAAAAUGCUCUCUCGAAGCUAUUUGGUUUAAGGCAUUCUUCUGUGAAUAGCUCCUCAAGUCAUAUUCUGCAAAGGUGA